AUGUCACGCCCAUACGCCAUUGAUCAAAAUACAACGCUGUGUCUAACGUGUUCAUGCUCCUUGCCGCCUUUCCGAGCUCUUGCUGCUGCCCCUCCCAGCUCAUCUGAGCCCCAAUGGAAGAACACGGUAGACCCUCGAGAGGAGUUUACAGAUUACCUCGAGAAACAGGGUCAUCACAUCACCCCGUGCUGCAAGAAACCCAUUUGCCCUUCCUGCGUCAAAUCCAACCCGAGGCUAGCGAGAUAUGAUCCAUGCUUGUCCUGCCUCGCCGGAGUCGAUGCUGUAGGCUACCAGUCGCCGAGGAGUGUCGGUUCGCGGGGAUUCUCUGACGUGAAGAAUAUAGACGGGGCUAUGAAAGACGAAGAUACAUUUGUGGUCGGAGAAGAUGACGAGGCGGUGGACGAAUUUGACCUUCCGCCUCCAGAUUACUACGCUUCCGAGGUGGGUGGUGGUACGCUGCCGUCGGGGGUUUCUCCGGGCGAAACUACAGAGCAGCAGAAAAGUAAGGAGUCUUUGGACCAAACUCUGGAGGUCGAAGGGGAAGAAGGGCUGCCUGAGAAUUCGGAGAAACGGCCACUCGGGUCUCGGAAGUACUACCUGGAGAAGAAGGAUACUCUUCAAGGUCUUGCCUUACGAUUUGGAGUCGAUGGAAGGGAACUGUGCUGGCUGAAUAACCUGCCCAUGAGCACUCUCACCACUACCCCAAAUAUCCUUCACGCGCGGUCCUUCAUCGUGUUGCCACCUUCCUCUAAACCACACGACCAAGAAGGUCCUAGUGAAGAAGAGUUAAAGGCAAGAGAAGCCAAACGGGUGAGAGAAAGGGCUGAGAGAAAGUUGCAGACCUUGAUGAAAGAGGCGGAUUGGCGAGUUGCGAAAGCGUACGUUGCAUUGGCGGAUGAUGAAGAGCAGCAGGAUGAGGCUCGUCGCAAGAUGAAGAUGUCUGAUUCGCUGGGAUCGGGGUCUAGUGCAAACGCACUGGAGGCUGCAGCCAUUGAACAGUAUCUGGAUGAUGAGAAAUGGGAGAGAGAGCAGAGAAAGCAAGGCCUCGGACCCCUUUCUCCGGCAACCUGUAUUCCAUUUAGCCGUGACAAGUAG